CGCUAACCACUCACGCCAAUGUCAAAUCACUAUGAUAUUCCAUCUUGGGCCGGAAAACCACCGACCGGUCUGCAUCUGGAUGUGAUGAAGGAGGACAAGCUGAUCCAGAAAUUGAUGAUCGACGAGAAACGAUGCUACCUGUUCGGGCGCAAUCCGCAGAUGAACGAUUUCUGCAUUGACCAUGCGUCCUGUUCGCGUGUACACGCUGCGUUCGUCUAUCACAAGCAUCUGCACAUCGCCUACUUGGUAGAUCUAGGCAGCACGCACGGCACAUUUAUCGGUUCGGUCCGGCUGGAAGCGAACAAACCAACGCAGCUACAGAUCAAUAGUCAGUUUAGCUUCGGCGCCUCGACACGCCAUUACAUACUGCGCGAGCGACCUACGGUCGGUUCCCGCACGAACAUUAUGGAGGACAUACCGAUGAUGGACAUCAGCGAUGGCACCUUCCUGGGGUUGCCCGAAAGUCAAACCGAGCUGGAUAAUCUUACCGAGUACAACACCGCCCACAACCGGCGCAUUUCAAUGCUGGGUAUAUCGGACGACGGUGGUACUGUUGGUGGUGCGGGUGGUACCGGUGGACCGGGCGGUAACGGUGGCAAUUCGUACAAAAAAAGCAAACGAAACAAACGGAAAGGUGUUGCGUUUAAUGAGGAUGAAAUUAUUAUUAAUCCCGAGGACAUUGAUCCAUCGAUUGGACGGUUCCGCAAUCUCAUCCAAUCGACUGUAGUGCCAGUGUCGGCGAAACGUGCCAAACUGGAGGUUCAAAACAAUAUGGGCAUUGUGACGUCGGUUAUGAAAUCCGGUGGCUUCCAUCUGCAUGCCCAGCAUCAUACGCUUGCCGGUGGUGGCCAGCAGCAUCCAAACGCACCGCCCAGCCUUUACCAUGGAAUUGAUCCGGUAGAUGGUGGGAAUGCGGGUGGAACUGGCGGUGGAUCUGGAUCCGGUAGUUCCUCAUCGGAUGGGCGUGGGUACGGGAGCUUCGAUAUGGACACCACACCGAGCGGACUGUCGACAAAGUUGGGCAUACUGUUGCCUAAUCCGGCACCGGAUGUAAAUCCAACGCCAGUACCGGUACGGGAGGCAGCAUCGGUUCCGAUGUUUGCUGUACCGGGUACGACCACAUCCGGUGGGGGUGGUGCCAUCAGUAACAAUGCUAAAGCAGGCGAGAAACAACCGGACACGUCGGAUGAGCCGAAGAAGAAAAAAUAUGCCAAGGAACAGUGGCCUGGUCGGAAACCGCUCGGGUUGGGUAGCUUUUAG